ACGAAAUCAGAUAACAACAAAUGGCCGGCGUCCCUUUUAUUGACACGCGCCCGGACUUCUCUUUGUAUGGCUUGAAAGACAAGAAGACGUGCAACAACAACACAGGGACGAAAUCCGAUAUGUUGCAGCGGAAACCUCAAGGACCGCCCUCCUCACCGGCAGUCUGGGGACCGCCGGCUUAUGUUGCUGGUUUUGAAAACGCUGAAGCACGACGGAAGGCCAGGCCGUCUGCAGAGAAAGAAUUGUAUGGAGGUGUGACGUCAAAAGUGGGUUCGUUUGAAAAUUUUAAUCGCACACCUGGUGGCAGCAGAAGUAGCUCAAGACCAGGCAGUGCAUUAGGAAGCAGGCGAAGUAGCAGAGAUGACAGUCCAUUAGAUAUCCAAGACCUUCUCGGUCUCAGUGAUCAAAAUUCACCCACCAAUAAAGCCACAAAUGAGAAAGAUGACAAUGACGACGAGAACGACGAUGACUGUGAGUAUGAUACUCAAGAGGUGAGACGUAGAAUGAUGAGAUCUCAAUCGGCACCAAACGUCCUGUACAACGAAGAUGGAUUGGUGAAGAUUUUGUCAACAAAGUUGACGUUUAAGCAAAGUGCACAGUCAAGGAUUGGUUCCCGUGACAAUGCAGACCAUCAAGCUGGAGGUGGCAAUGUCAAGAUCCUUAACGAAAAACUGAAGUUUCGCAAAGAAGCGAAAUCUCGGACAGACUCCGGCCUGUCAAGAAAUGCACCACAAAGACGACCCAAACUGAGUCUGGACAGUUCGGCUACCCAACAACGUAAAACAAUGCACAGAACACGCAGCGAAGGCAGCUACCCAGUCGGCUUGCCGUUGGGCCUAAGACGCUUCUCUCACAGUCUCCAGCAUACCAGUCCCUCACCCACAUUGACUGGUAAUGCCAUACGUAAGGUCGGUAUCGACAACAGCAACAAAUUGCUACGAUCACAAGCAGAAGAGACAAACACAAUUGAUGUGAUGGCGACCGACAAGACGAGCCAAUCGUCGUCUAGUUUAGAGGUAUUACCGGAAGCAGAGGAGGAUGAAGAACAAACCCAGAACGAUCGUCAAUAGAUGAAUAAAUUUUAUGCAAAAUUUCAAAGUUCUAUGUGUAUUAUGCUGCUAUCCUACUGAUUUUAUAGACUGGAGUAACAGAGUGUUCUGGUGUGUUAUGGUACUGUACUGACUUGCUUCUUGUUCACAACGUUAGAGGUUUGUGUGUGUGUGUGUGUGUGUGUGUGUGUGUGUGUGUGUGUGUGUGUGUGUGUGUGUAUGUGUGUGUCAUGCUUGUUCGUGUAAACUUGUUGUGUUACUCAAUACUGUUGGUCAAACAGGCAAUUGAAUUCAAUAGUCAAUCUAAUUUGUUUCUGUGUGCAAGAGGCAAGUGUCUAGUGUGUUUUGUUGAUGGACACAACUAUGAGUUUGUGCUACUGAAAUUGUAUCGUACUCAUGACAACAAGACAGAGACGUGUGUGUGUGUGUGUGUG